AUGAGUUAACACAAUCAAGUAUAAAAAAAAGAUGUAGUAUGUAUAAAAAACGAGACAAAAAUAUAAUUAGAAAAUACUCGCUUUGAUUUACAUGACUUAAAGUAGUUUAUGAGAAAUCACAAAGACACUUUAUAAGAAAUUAUAAUAAAAGGCUGUUCAUCCAACUAUAAAAGGUUUUAGAUAAUCCACACUUUAUUUUUAGAAGCAGAUCUUCUAUUAAUAGACUUCACAAAUUUGAAUAAGCUUGAAGUAAAAGACAUGUAGCCAUACGAGGAGGAAAAUAAUUAAUUGUAUUAAAAAGAUAUGGACAGCCUUUACGACCACAGCAUAAAAAAUUUGAUGGCAGAAUUCAAUAUUCAUUAAAUGCUUCGCUAAAACUUGAAUCAGGAUAAAUCAAAGAUAGUAAUAAAAUAAAUAUGUUUUGAUUCUAAACACGCUUUUUACUACUCUUUAAAUGCACUUCUAAAGUAUAGGGUAUAAAUUAAAUGCGUAAGUUUCGUAAAUAUUUUAGAUAUGAAAAUCAAUCCAAUGAAAGCUUUUUGCGAAAAAAUUAGAGAUUUAUUCACUCUAACUGAAGUACAGUUUAUUAAUGUACUCUUCAGUGACUAAAACAUCUUACAGAUAAGGUAUUUACUGAAUUGGAAAUAGCAAUCUCUUGAAAGACUUGUUUUCAAAAGAAUAUAGAUGAGUGAGUAUUAAUUAGAACUGCUCUUCUCAGCAAAUAACUUUACACUAUAGGACUUAACCAAUUUAAAAAAAUUCAUAUUUAAGUGCGAUGAAAAACUGUAAAAAUGCUAAGUUUAUAAAAACUUAAUAAAAAAGUAUAAAGCAUUUCAUCAAAAAGAAACUAAGCAAGUUGAAGAUAAUUAUAAAUUAUAAAAAUAGGUUGAAUAGCAAAGUAAUAUUAAAAACGAAUUAGUUAAAGAAAAGGACUACAUUAAAUAAAAGCUAUUUGAGCCAAAGCACAUUAUCAUUCAUAGCUAAAACAAGUCAUCUUAGUUUUCAUCUUUUUAAAAGGAAUUUUAACAACCUCUUAAAAUGUUACUUUUUUAGUUAAGUCAGUCAAAUUUUUGCGAGGAGUUAGAUAUCUCAGCUUUCUCGUUAAUAGGUGCUCCAUAAGAAAUUAUUAAUUAUUUAAUCAAAGCAGUGUGUGACUCUCUUUCACUUCAUACUCUUAAAAUUUAGAAUUGUCAAGAGUUAAUUCAUCUUCUUCACGAAGGGUUUAGAUAAAAAAACAAUUCCCAAGAUUUAGAAGUAAGGAGAUUAGAUGAAAUUAAGAGUAAAAGUCUAUUAGCUAUUAAACAGAAUUCCGAAAAAUAACCAUAAUCAAAUUAAGGUUAAGACAGCUAAUUUAAUUAAAAGUUGAAAAAAUAAUUAAGAACUCUAGAUAAUGACUGCAAUAUAAACGAGCACAUAUAAUCUGAAUAAUUAAGGUCUAAUGAAUAAUUAUCUCAUAGAUAAAAUUAAAAUGAACAUCAGGAAUAAGCAAACUAACCAUCUAUGAAUUCAAAUAGCUUUAUUAAGAUAAAAAAAAGGGUAAAAAGAAAAGCUCUUAAGUAGUUUAUUGUGGAAGGUAAUGAUCACAAUAUUUUUGGUUAGAGCAGCUUAAAUAAUAUAAUUUAAAUGAUGUAUUACUCUGAGGCUCUAUCUAUUGAUUUUAAUGACUCAACGCUUACAAAGGAUGGAAUGAAAGGAAUUUUAGAUGGAUUUGAGUAGCUAAAACUAAAAAAUGACUACCUAGAAAUUAAAAAGUUUACUAUAAAAAAUAUGAAAGAAUCAAACCAAAUUGAUGGCUAAUCCUGGAUGAAAUUUGGUUAAAAUUUAUUUUUAGCAGUUGGAGAGUAUUUAGAAUCAAUCGCUCUCGAUGGAAUAAAAGCCAAAGAAUCAGUUUUUUUAGAAAUUAUGAGAGGUAUCUUUUCUUACAAAGUAAAAUAAUUGAAAAUUAAAUUGCGUUCAUUCAUAAUCAAUUAAAAAACUGAUACUCAGAUGCAAAUUUACCUAUUUCUUAAUUAAGCGUUAUAAUAUUGGCCACUACAAGAACUACGUAUUUCGAGUUAAGUAGAUUCUACGCAAUAAAAGAAUAAUAUUGUUAAUACAAAUAACUAUAAUUACUUCAAUAAGAUCUAAUCGAAUUAACUUUACAGUCAUAACAUAAAAUCGUAUCACAUGAGUGUCAGUUAGGCCAAUUUAAAUGACAUGUAAUCUCAAGUUUAAAUUUAAAGACAAGAAAUUAUAUUGAAUUCUUGUAGCACCCUAAAAAUAUUACAGUUAUCACACUUUAAGUAAAUAGACUGGUACGUUCUUAUAAAAAAUAUUGUAAAUUGUUAUCCUAAGCUAGAAGAACUUGAUAUAUCUGAUAAUAACUUAAAUUUAGACUUUAUUUCUUUCUUGACUCUGAACAGUAAUCUUUCUAAUAUGUAAAAUUUAAAGAAGCUAAAUUUAAGUAAAAAUCCAUUAAAAUCUAUGCCUUCAAACCCAAGACAAAACUAAUUACAGAACUCUCAAAUUUCUUUGUAAAGUGGUAACUUAGAAAACAGUACAAUAAAAUAAAUAAAUUAAAUGAAAUAUUAGUAAACUGGUAAUUAAAAGCAUAAGGUAAACUUGCAACAAUCUUUAGAUUUAGAUUAAACAGGACUCAAUAUAAUUAAAUAACAUCCUUAAAAUGUAUUUAAAUUAAAUAAAGAUAACGAAGUAGAACGAAAUGAAUAUUAAAAAUAAGAAAGUAUUGAAUUUUUAAACAAUUAAGUUGAAAAUCAUAAAUAAUAGUGUAGUGAAGCAUCACUAAAAUCAGAUGAUAACAUAGCUAAUCUUCUAGAUGCAAGUAAGAACAAUAUGAAUUAACUUGCUCGAAAGAGGUAAAGCUCAAAUUUUGAAGUCAGAAAUCUUAAAGCUAAAAACACUAUGACGGAAGAUAAGCCUGUUAAAAAAUAUGAGAAAGUUAUGAGUGAUUUCUUUGCUUUUAUAUUUAAAAUACAGAGCUUAGAAUAUUUAGAUUUGUCUUCAACAUAAAUAACUAAUACAGAAGUUGAAAUGAUAGAAAAUUAAAUUAAAUUGUAAAAAGAAAGCAAUUUGAGCUUUGAAAAUAUCAAUUUGAAUGGUAAUAAUGACAUCAUAAGAUAAGAACUUUUUAAAAAGAAAAUAUAAAUAUUUUAAAGUUAUUUUGAAAAUCCAACAAAGAAUCAAAAGAAUUAAAAUCAAGAAAAAACUGAUUAAUUAAAAAUUUUAGUUUAGCCUAAAAUUAACUAUGGAUCAACUAUCAAAGAGUUAAAUUUUUAAAACUGUGACUUAGGCAAUGAUUUCUAUAGUAAGGUGAUAGAAAUAUUAAAAUUAAAGUAAUGUUAAUUUAGGACUAUAAAUCUAAGUGAUAAUUCCAAUAUAACUGAAGCUAAGUGGAAGGAUAUAAUGAAGUAAAUGCUUACAAGCUAAGGAAGAUUCCUAGAAAAUUUAUAUUUAACUAAUUGUAAAUUUAAGGAUUCUCACAUAAUUGAGAUUUGCUCAGCAAUAAAAGAAGUUUGCGAAAUCCAAAAAGAGGAAAUUCUCAAAAAAUAUGAAUAUGGAGCUCUUCAAUUAAAUUUAUUAGAUUUAAGUUCCAACUCCUAAAUUAAGGAGGGCUGGUCCAACUUAAUAUAAACAUUGCUGGGAUCUGUUUUAAUUAGUUUGAGAUCAAUAAUCCUAAGAAAUUGCUCAAUAAACAAUAUAAAAACUCAAUAUUUACUUGAAGGUCUUUAAGUAGCAAAUUUAGAAUUAAGAAAAAAUAGCGACAUUUGUCUUAGAUGUCUAGAAUAAAUAGACUUGAAAGACAAUCCAAUACCACUGGGCUUACAAGUUGAUCUAUAAAGGAGUUUUCUUUUAUCAAAUAUUUUGCAAUCAUAAAUAUCUUAAGUUUAGGAGUGUAAUGAGGAUCUUAUUAAAAAUCUUUAAAAUCUUGAAAAAAAUAAAGAAUUUUUCAUACAUUAAAUUUAAAAAUGCCCAAUUAAAAAAUAAAUCAAACCAUCAGCCACCUAACUUAUAUUUGGUAUUCAAAGCUCUGAUUAACUUGACACCAUUCUUCCAGAAGUCUUAAAGUCUUUUUCAUAUAUAGACAGCUUAGUCAUCCAUAUAAAUUAUGAAUUUUUAGAUAAUCUGAUUGAAGGGUUACAGAAUCUAGAAAUGAGAAUAAAAAAUUAAAAUCAGGAAGAAUUUGCUUAAUAUGAGGCUACCUCGAUUUAUGAAAUCUAAUAAGCUCAAUUAAGAUUUAGAAGCGUUACUUUAAUAUUAAAUAUUGAAUCUUUAAAGAUCAAAGAAAAAAUCCCUUCGUUUUAAAAUCUUUAAGCUAUCCAAUAAAAGAAGUCAAAGUUUAAUGUAGAUAAAAAAAAAAAUAAAAGCAAAAAAAUAAUGUCGUUUGGUGAAAGCAAAAGCAGUGAUGAUAGCCAUGAUAGCUAAAGCGAUGAUGAAAAAUAUAAGGGCCAUAAGAAAAAAAAUAGAUAAGGUAAUAUAAUUAAUGAAGAAGAAAAGAUAAGAGAUGACUAAAAUUUACAAGAGGAGGAAGCAUAAGACCUCAUUUUUAACUAUUAGAAGCACUUAAAAAACAAGCAGAAAAAGUAGAAAUUAGAAAAUGAUGAAUACGAUCUAAAUAAAUACUAAACACAAGAAAAUUAAAUUGAGCCACAAAAAUGGGAGCGUAUAAUUAAAUGUCUAUUUAAUAUUUCAAAUUUCGAAGAACUCACAAUGCAAAACUGUAAGAUAGAUGGAAGAGUAUUAGAUUAAAUUUGUAAAAUAACAAGCUUAGUUUCUUUAAAUAUAAGUGAUAACCAUCUUUUAUACUUAGUUCCUUCUUAAAAAAAAAAUAUGAAGCACUCUAACCAAAAUUUUUAAAAGCUAACAAAAAUCAACCCAUUUGAGGGAUUGAAUAUUUUAUUAAAUUUUUCGAAUUUGUAAGAAUUAAAUCUUUCAAAUACAAACAUAAAUGCUAGAUUUGUUAAAAAAUUUACUGAAAUCCUUAAACCUAUAGAUCUUGAAAGCAGGUCUAAGCCAUACUGCCUUAAAAAAAUAAAUUUAUCUCAAAAUAAAAUGCUUCAAAAGCAAGAGUGGUAAACUUUAAUUAAAGAGUUACUUAACAACACAUGCCUCGAAACUUUAAUUUUAAGUGACUGUAAUAUUGGUAAGCACAAUGUGCAAGGAUUAAUAAAUGCACUUUUGUAUGCUGUGAAUACUGAUUAUCUUCAUAAUAUUGAUCUUUCUUACAAUAAAAGCAUUUAUCCCGAAGAUUGGGGAAUUAUUAUAGUAAAUUUGUUCAACAGAUAUAGAAUACAGGAAUUGAAUGUAAGCUACUGUGCUAUUUAUGACUAAAAGCUCAAAAAUAUUUUAAAAAAUCUAUUUCUAAAUAAAAUUGAAUAUUUGAAGACUUUAGAUUUUAGCGGUAAUUACAUAGAAAAUCCUGAAAAUUUGUUUAAAUUUAUGAAUCUUCUGUAUUAGGCUUCUAAGAUUGAAGAAAUAAAAUUCGAAAACUGCAACUUAAAUAAAAAGAACACAGAGUAUUUUAAUGAUCAAGUUCAUUUACUUUAGAUUAGAACAUUAAAAACUCACUCCUCACUUCAAAUAGUCAAUUUUUCCAAUAACCCUCAAAUAUUAGAAAGCUACUGCCAUUCUUACACAUAUUUCCAGACAUUUUUAGAAAAUUCGACUUAAUAUUUUUAGAAAAUUUAAGAAAUUUAUCUUGAAAAUUGCUUAAUAGACCAAGCAAAGAUUAAUUCUUUUAUUUAAUGCUUUAUCUCUAUCAACUCUAAAGGUUUGAAAAUAAACAGUCUCUUAACCCUCAAUAUUUCUGGAAAUAGGAUUCUUGGAUAACAAUUCUCAGAAAUGUUACCUCUUAUUAUUUAAGUAGCAAGCUCUUUGCAAAAUUUAUACAUAGGAUUUAAUACAAACAAGUGUUAAUAAUACCUAGAGGAAUAAUAUCAAGAAAAUAUAAUAGAUUAAUAAAAUUUAGAAUUUCCAAAUAAUGAUGAACCUUAAAAUGCGCCUUUGAUGAAUGGAAUAUAAGGGAUUACAGCUGCCUUUAAAAAAAUAAACUAGUUGAAUCUUAAUAAGAUUUAGAUAUCCGAUGAUGAGGAAGUUAGUGAAUCUGACUGGACUGAAUUUCUGGAGGUCUUGCUAGAAAAAACAAGCAAGUCCCUCUAACAUAUCAUGAUUUGUGGGCAAAGGAAAAUGCAUAUAAAAGAAUCUAUGUUUUUCAGUAGUUUACAUAAAAUCCUAAGACAGAAAAGGCAUUCUAACUAAUUUUUAAAGGAGUAUUCUAAUUAAAAAGCAAAAGGCGAUAAAAUUGAUUUAUAGAUUUAGAGCAUUGGUUAUUUUUAAGGAAUGAAUUAAAAGAUUUAUGUAUUAACUGCCUCUAUAUGGCCUAGCUUUGUUAAAAAUGGCUUUUAACCAGAACUUGAAAGUGGUAAUAUAUUAUAAUUAGACAAAUAGGAAUAUGACAAGUACUUUUGGUAAACUCCAACUUAAUUUAGAAAUGUCUACAUUAAGCUUCACAAUGAUAUGAGUAUAAUGAAGUUCGAAGGCUCUAUCUAAAAUGAUAGUCAGUAAAAUUUAUCACUCAAAGCAGAUUUAUUUAUUGCUCUGAAUCAAUUGAGAAAAUAUUUGAAUUGUGAGCUAAUUAGUUAAAAUAAGGUUGAUUCUAGAAAUUAAACACAAACUGAAAUACAAGCUUAGUUAUUUUUAAAUAUCAAUUACAAAUACUCUAAAUUGCCAAUAUUCUAAAUCUAAAACGUUCUAAGGGCUCCCUUACAGUUUAGAGAAGUAGAUUUAACUCCGAUUCUUAAGGGGUAUGAUAACCUCACAUUUGACUAUCCAUUUUACUUAUUUUUAAUUUAAACCUGUAACUUAUAUCCAUGCGAUUCUAUGACUGAAUUCUUUGUGAAGUUUAUCAAAAGUUUAUCUACUUACUACUUCUCAAUUGAUCAAAAUAUUUUUAAUAUGAUUUAAGCAUCUCCUCAUUUCUUCCUUACUGAAAAAGAUAGAGACAAUAUACAAAGAUCACUAAAUAAGUACAAACACCUAGAUUAAGAAGAAGAGGAGCAAAAGCUAAAAAAUUAAGAGUCUAUGAAAAAUAAAAAUGUAGCUGUUAGAUAAAAUAACAAUAAAAGUAAAUAAAAUACAUAAAUUAUCUAAUAAGAUUAUCUUGCUAAAAAGACAUCAAAUAAUAAACAAUUAAAUAACUUAGGUAAUUCAUUCUAAUCAUUUAAAUAGGAUUAUAAUGGAAUAGAUUCAUUCAACCGAAAUGCCUCUAAUAUUUUAAGUAAUAAUUUUGUAUCAUAACUAAAUGGAAACAUUAAUUAAAGUAAAAUCAUUAAUGCACAUGCAAUUUAAAACCUUUCAAGCAAUCAGCUUCAAUAAGAUGCUUUAUCAAUUAAUAAUAAGCUUAAUGAUAUCAGUUAAAAUCAAUUAAUUCCAAAUAGACAACUAUCAGAUAAACAACCAACAUAAAUAAUACCAAACUUAGGCAACAAUUAAAUCUAAUAUAUCGGCAGUGAUUUGAGAUAGAGCACCUUAAAACCCUAAUAAAUUAAAAAACAAAUUACAAAGGCUCAUAUUUAAAAACUGGAAUAAUAGAAAAAGUUUUGGACGGUUUUGUGUCCUUAUUAUUUUUAAUCAGAGAGUAUGGACGGAGUUGAGGAAAUAUAGAUUAUACACAGAAUAUAAAAAAUGCCUCCUAGUGAGUUAGAGUUAAAAGGAAUGUCAAUUAGUGCUAUUAAGACAAUUUAUGCCUUUUGUUUCUAAAAUCCUUACUUUACUGCUUGUUAAAUGGAUUACAAUCACUCUGUAUUUGUAAAUACAAGUUUGGCAUGGAGUUUAAGGGAAAAAAUAUACCGUCAUUACUGCAACUACAAAAGAAACCCAAUUAAAAAUAAAUUACAAAGUAUUUUUUUUUAGAUUCUUAGAUUGAUGAUCAGAGAAAACGUAUUUUAUAAGUAUGAUAACUCGGCUAUUUUGCUAGAUUAAUAUUACUCUAAAAAGAAUUUAACUCUUUAUUUAAUGAUGUUUUUAAUUAUCUUUUUUCAUAUACUCACAAUUCUAGUUCCUUUUAUUUUCUCGAAUCAAGAAGGUGCAACUUGGGAUUCGCAUUUCAUAUAUGCAGGAUUUUCAAUCAUAACUUUCGUUUUUGAGCUUUACCUAGUGAAAGAUAUUUUAAAUAAAAUCCUUCACUUAACACCAGGAUUUUAUGUUGUUGGAAAAUCUUCUACAUAUAUGUAGGCGUGCUUUCAGCGAUUUAAAAAAGCUUUGGUUGAGCAAUCAAUAAUUAAUUAUAAGUAUUUAAUUUUCUUGUGGUAUCUCAUAACAAGUUAGUUUAGCAGAUUUAACACGUAUAGUGAUUUUUGCUUUUUAGUGUUAUGCUGGAGAAAGAAUUCUAUAACAAUCUUCUACUUUUCAACAUUUAUCCUUUUACUUAACAAAGCUAUUUGCUUUUACAGAUUUGUAAACAUAAUACUCAAAGAUGAACUAAAAAGGAAGCUGCCUGGCAACAAUAUAACAAAAUUCUAUGAAACUUCAAUUUAAUUAGAUUUUAUAGCAUUUUCAGAAGUAUUAGAUAUAGUUAGUCCAUACAAUGUAACUCGUAUUCCUAAUAAUUGGCUUACAAAGCUCAUUAUACCCAAAAUCAGUGGCUAAUCAAUGAAUUAAAGAAUCUAUUAUUAGUUGCUGAGAAUUUUGUUUGAGGACGUACCUUAAAUAAUUAUAUAGAUUAUUUAUCUCAUAGGACAAAUCAACAUUUAUGCAUACAUUUCUUUGAUUAUGAGUUUUAUAAGCUUUAGCUUGGCUUUUUAUAAAAUUUUAAGCAUUAGGCCUUCUAUCAUAUCAUAAUUAGAUUUUGAUGAACUGAAGAUUUAAAAGCAAACAGACCAAGAAAAGGUACUUAAAGAAUUUGAAGAAAAAUAAAAUUAAAUGCUAAUAUAACUAUUUUAGUUGGCUGAAACUUAAAAAAAAAGCAUAAUCUAAUAACCACAGUAUAAAUUAAAACCUUCAUAUUAAUAAAAUUCUCCGUCAAAGCUUCAACAAACUUAUUUUUGA